GAGAGAGACAAAGCAGAGUUUAGAGGCGGUUAGCUGGGACAAAGUUGACUCUACAUGUUAGUCCUCUAUACGCCUAAACUUUCUUUAACUCUGACCAAAAUGAAUUUGGGUUUGAUUUUUACCUGUGCAGUUGUUGUUUCUGUCAAGGCAGAAUUUGUGCACAGGGAUUUAUACAUGUCUCUCUGUUCUGAUACGGACAAAGAGGACAUGUUUGGACUUGAUAAGGAGGAAAUGUACCACGCUGACUUCAGCCAGGGGAAAGGGGUGAUGACACUGCCGGAGUUCGCAGAUCCUGCCUCAUAUGGAGAAGGAGCCUAUCAGCAGAGUGUUGCUAAUGCGGCAAUUUGCAAACAAAACUUGGAUGUUUGCAUAAAAAGUUACAAAAAUCCUGCUGAACCAAUGAACCAACCACAGAGCUCUAUUUACUCCAAGGACGAUGUGCAGCUGGACACUAAGAACACCCUCAUAUGUCACAUCACUGGGUUCUACCCACCACGCGUUGGAGUGUUCUGGACCAAGAACAAUGUAAACGUGACAGAUGAAGCCACUCUUAGCAGAUAUUACCCUGUGAAUGAUGGAAACUUCAUCAUAUUCUCCACACUGAGCUUCACCCCCAAGCAGGGGGACAUCUACACCUGCUCUGUGCAGCACAGUGCCCUGGAGAUACCACUGACUAAAACAUGGGAUGUCAAGGUUGACGAGCCCAGUGUGGGUCCCUCUGUGUUCUGUGGGGUGGGUCUGGCUGCAGGACUGCUGGGAGUCGCUACUGGAACCUUCUUCCUCAUCAAAGGAAACCAGUGCAAAUAAGAGUCUCAUUGUAAAACUGAGAUUUUUGUUGUGUGUCCUCAAUUGUAAUUAUUUCUAUUUUAUCAUUUUGUCAUAAUUUUUGUUUUUAACUUUCUAUACCUUAUAGAAUAAAUAUUGCUAUAUGGGACCUAAUUUAAUCAAUACUUAUUUUUAAAUAAACACCAAUCAUUUGAGAAAAACCUAUUGUAAUUAAUUCAAAUUGAAAGGUGACCGUAUUUGCAUUACAGAUAAAAAUACAAAAUGUAAAAUAAAAAACAAAAGUAAUGAGAUUUCAUUUUGUAACCUUAUUCUGCUUAGAAUCUUACCAAAGGUUGGCUUUAAAAAUAAACAUGGCUAAAUAAUGCUGUAUGUUUCAGAAUUAAACUGUAUGUAUUAGCUGUUUGGCAUGAAUACAAUGCAAUCAUUAGUAAACAAAAUAACAUUCUCUGUUAUUCUAGUUUCUGCUGUCUCUGCAUUAAUGAGGAUGUACAUAUUAAAUGUAAUUAUGAGUGAGAGAGAUA